AUGGCACGCAAGAAGAUCAGAGAGUACGACUCCAAGAGGUUGUUGAAGGAACACUUCAAGAGGCUCGGUGGCCGUGAAUUGCCCCUUAAAUCAGCCCAAAUUACUGAAUCAACCGAUCUCAAUGAGCUAGUUGAGAAGGAAUCUUGGCUUUCAUCUUCCAAACUGGUUGUGAAACCUGACAUGUUGUUUGGAAAGCGUGGGAAGAGUGGUUUGGUUGCUUUGAACCUUGACUUCGCUCAAGUUGCCACCUUUGUGAAGGAGCGCCUUGGCAAAGAGGUGGAGAUGGGUGGUUGCAAAGGACCCAUAACAACAUUCAUUGUUGAACCCUUCAUUCCCCAUAAUGAGGAGUUUUAUCUUAAUAUUGUCUCAGACCGACUUGGGAACAGCAUAAGCUUCUCCGAGUGUGGAGGAAUUGAUAUUGAGGAGAACUGGGAUAAGGUUAAGACCAUAUUUGUCCCUACAGGAACUCCUUUCACAUCAGAAGUAUCUGCACCACUUGUUGCAACCCUUCCCUUGGAGAUCAAAGGAGAACUUGAGGACUUUAUCAAAGUCGUUUUUACUCUAUUUCAAGAUCUGGACUUCACUUUUCUGGAGAUGAAUCCUUUCGCACUGGUUGAUGGAAAGCCAUAUCCUUUGGAUAUGAGAGGCGAGCUGGAUGACACUGCUGCUUUCAAGAACUUCAAAAAGUGGGGCAGUAUUGAAUUUCCAAUGCCAUUUGGAAGGGUUAUGAGUUCUACAGAAAAAUUUAUUCAUGGCCUAGAUGAAAAGACUAGUGCAUCUUUGAAAUUCACAGUUCUCAACCCAAAGGGACGAAUUUGGACUAUGGUAGCUGGAGGAGGUGCAAGUGUCAUCUAUGCAGACACGGUUGGAGAUCUUGGCUUUGCUGAUGAACUUGGAAACUAUGCCGAAUACAGUGGAGCACCUAAUGAAGAGGAGGUAUUGCAGUAUGCCAGAGUUGUGAUUGAUUGUGCAACGUCAGACCCUGAUGGCCGUAAGAGAGCCCUUGUAAUUGGAGGAGGAAUAGCCAACUUUACCGAUGUAGCUGCAACAUUCAAUGGUAUCAUUCGAGCCUUGAAGGAGAAGGAAUCAAAGCUUAAAGCCGCAAGGAUGCAUCUCUAUGUCAGGAGAGGAGGUCCCAACUACCAGAGGGGCCUCGCAAAAAUGCGGGCACUUGGAGAGGAAAUCGGCAUCCCAAUUGAGGUCUAUGGACCUGAAGCAACAAUGACCGGUAUUUGCAAACAGGCAAUUCAAUGCAUCAGUGUUGCUGCAUAA